AUGGCCGUCGAAACUUCUCUUCCGGCAUUAUUGACCACUCUUACUCAAUCAUUGAAUUCGGCGAUUGAAUCAACCCCAGAGAGUUCACUGAUCAAACCUCCUACCGAUGGUAUUUCACUCCUAGAUGUGAAAAAUGAGCUUCUCCUAUCAUAUCUUCAAAACUUAGUCUUUAUCAUAAUUCUCAAGAUCAGGAACCAAAAAGAAGAUGUAUCAGGUGAGGAUGAAGAAGAAUUGGAUAAUGCGGUGGUGAAGAAGUUGGUGGAAUUGAGGGUAUACCUUGAGAAGGGCGUUCGACCACUGGAAGGUCGACUAAAAUAUCAAAUCGAUAAAGUACUCCGAGCGUCCGACGAUGCCAUUCGAGCUCUUGCGCCCGCACCAAAACCAGUUGGAACUAAAGGUGAUGCGCCAAGCGAUGAAGACGAUUCAGAAUCUGAGGAUGGUAGUGAUGCAGAUGGAAAUGGAGCACCUCUUGAGAACCCACAAAUUGACGAUCUACAAUAUCGACCAAAUCCUUCAUCUCUUCUUAGACCUGCCGCUGCUACAGAAGAUGACUCUAAGCAUUCUUCUCAUGGUAUCUACAAACCUCCUCGCAUCACUGCAACCGCCAUGCCUACCACCGAACGUCGCGAAAAGAAGGACAGAAAAGCGAACAAAUCUGCAACCUUGGAUGAGUUUAUUAAUACGGAAUUGUCCACUGCUCCAAUUGCAGAGGCAAGUAUCGGUUCCAACAUCAUAGCUGGUGGCAGAAGAUCGAAGAGUGAGAAGGAGAAGAAGGAGGAUGACGAAAGAAGAGAAUACGAAGAGAGGAAUUAUACCAGAUUGCCAAAGGAAAACAAAAAGGACCGGGCGAAGAAAAACAAAGCUGGCGGAAGACAAGAUGCUGGAUACGGUGGUGAAGAAUGGAGAGGACUGGGUGAGGGUAUUGAUAGAAUUGAGAGGUUGACGAAGAGAAAGAGUGGUAGCGGUGGUGGAAUGAAGGAUGUUCUAGAGAAGAGCAGAAAGAGAAGUGUCGAGGAUGGUCCAAGAGGGAGUGGUAUGCAAACUGGUGAAGGUUUCCAAAAGAGGUUUAAGAUGUUGGACGGUAGAGGAAAGGAUCGAGGUACCACUAGAAAGUAG